CUUCCACCAUUUGUUCUUCAAACAAAAAAAAAAAAACUUCCACCAUUUGUUCGACUUCGUAGCCGCCGUCGCAGGGCUGGGAGACUGAGAAAGAAACUGGAGGAGGACGACGGCGAGCUGAGCCGAGGACAGGGGCUGGCUUUCGCUCCCUCCUCUUUGUCUUCCCUCUACAUGCACCUUUUUCUCUCGCUCUCCCUCCGUUAUUUCUUGGGUAGGUUGAGAGCUGCUGUCCUGUCCUCGGUGCGGCAUCGGUGGGCGGGGGAGGGGGCGGGGACGGGGGUUGGGAUAUGGCGAGGGCGCGCGUUCCGCUCGUCGUGCAUCUGGCCUACUUCACCUUCUUCUGCUGUAUCGCCCGUCUUGGUGCUCAAGGCUCAUAUUGCCCUGCUGGUUGGAAAGCUAGCCCCGGUAAGAAUAAAUGCUUCAGACAUGUAGGAAGUUCCCUUCCAUGGGAUAGGUCAGAGGUGCUCUGUCAGGAUUUUACUGGUCAUUUGGCAGCACUCACGUCAGUUCAGGAGUUCAGAUUUGCUCGGUCUUUGUGUGCUGAUAGUAUAAGAGGGUGUUGGGUUGGAGGAAGGGGUUACAGUUCUUCUGUUGGUUUUGGUUGGAAAUGGUCUGACAAUGAGUCUCAUUGGAAUGAAUCAGUUUUCCCUGGGAAGCUAUUUCAUAUCAACUGUACAAAAGCUUCAUGCACCAGCAUCAGCCCAACUGAUUCAUGUACUUUGGUAACUAAAGAUCAUGUUGCCCUUGUUGGUGAAAGAUGCAACACAUCUCAUGAACUUAUUUGCAUGAUUGAUCAGGAGAAGAAAUGCCACCAGAAGCUCUGCCACAAAGAAUAUUUCAUAAUCCUUGCAGUUGUGAGCGGUUUGAUUCUUUCAACCACCUUAGCAGUUGUGAUAUGGCUCCUUGUACACAGGAGGAGCAAGAAACGCAGACGAUCACGCAAAGUACCUAGUCCUUCAGCAGCUGCAUUAGUUCCUCCAUCAUGGAAAGUGUUUACCAAUGAAGAGCUGAGAUCACUUACAAAGAAUUUUAGUGAAGGAAAUCGACUUCUUGGAGAUGCCAGGACGGGUGGUACAUAUAGUGGACUCUUGCCAGAUGGAUCUAGGGUGGCAGUCAAGAGGCUGAAGAGGUCUAGCCUUCAAAGGAAAAAGGAGUUCUAUUCUGAAAUUGGAAGAGUCGCAAGGCUUCAUCAUCCUAAUUUGGUGGCUGUGAAAGGUUGUUGCUAUGAUCAUGGUGAUCGCUAUAUUGUUUAUGAGUUUGUUGCUAAUGGGCCAUUGGAUAGAUGGCUGCACCACAUACCCAGAGGGGGUAGGAGCUUGGACUGGACAAUGCGAAUGAGAGUUGCCACAACUCUUGCUCAAGGAAUUGCAUUCCUGCAUGACAAGGUGAAGCCGCAUGUGGUACAUCGGGAUAUCCGUGCUAGCAAUGUACUUCUUGAUGAAGACUUUGGAUCCCAUCUCAUGGGAGUAGGCCUGUCCAAGUUUGUACCAUGGGAAGUUAUGCAUGAGAGGACUGUGAUGGCUGGAACAUAUGGAUAUCUUGCUCCAGAGUUUGUAUACAGAAAUGAGUUGACAACAAAGAGUGAUGUGUAUAGUUUCGGAGUGCUGCUUUUGGAGAUCAUCAGUGGCCGUCGACCAGCACAGGCUGUUGAAUCUGUGGGUCGGCAGACUAUAUUUGAAUGGGCAACUCCUCUGGUUCAAACUCAUAGGUACGUGGAGCUUCUUGAUCCCCUCAUUUCAGACGUUCCUGAGGUUGGGGUUAUACAAAAGGUGGUGGAUCUCGUGUAUGCCUGCACCCAACAUGUCCCAUCAGUUCGACCAAGGAUGUCACAUGUGGUCCAUCAACUGCAGCAGAUUGGAUUGAAAGCUGCAUCAGAGCAGCCAAGGAGUGGGACAAGCACCAACGCCACCUCCCCAGUGUUGCCAUUUGAGGUGGAAAGAGCCCGGUGAGCUUUGUAUGCAUGGCUUUUCUGUAUCUUUUAAUGUGGAUUAAAUGGUAAUGUCGUGUUUGUGAUUUGUGAAGUAUCAACAGUUGAAUCAGUGUUCUUUUUUUAUUUUUAUUUUUAUUUAUUUUUAUUUUUUUUGUGUGUACCGGGGCAAUUGGAAAGGAAACUUGGAAGUGAUAUGCACAUUUUUAACAUUCAAGCUAGAACUUACGGAAGGGCAAUUGUACUCGA